AAUAGAGGAAUUCCGAAAUUGAAUUAUUUUACUGCAGAAAAGCCACGACAUAGGAAUUUUAGCCCAGCUAUCUUAAACCCGUCAACAGAGCCAGAUACAGUUCUCAAAUCGCUGUCGCAAACUCCAUCAUCAGCCUCACUGACUUGACGAGUACACCUCUGCCUUUACCACCCUUUCUGUUCCCUACAACUUCCUGCCAAUGAACCCUAACUCCUUCCUCCCUUCUUUACCACCUGCUGUUGUAGAACUUGCAUGACACAAGUAAGUAAGCAAGAGAAUUAGGUACAGACACAUCAGCAAUGCCGGUAUAGCUAUGAUUAUGAUUGUUAUAGCAUUGAAUUGACAUAAAUUUUGAAAAAACUAGUUAGAUGUUAAAAUGUGCAUCUUGCAGCUGUUGAAUCCUAUUAUGCCAGAUGCAGAAGAAUUUGUAAGAUGAGUCGCUGUUACAAACUGUUACGAAGUUGCUCGAAAACUGGCAUCAAGAAUCAUCCUGUACAUAGGGGAAUUAGAAUAUUGUCACAAAUCUGUACAAAGAUGGCAGACUACACGACCGAAGAGAUUAAAGACCUCCCUCAGAAUCACUUGUUCGACCACAAAGGGGUACUGAACGUUUACAACAAGGAGGUCGUGAACCUGAGUGCGGGGGCCCCCGGACCGGAUCUGCUCAAAAAAUGCAUCGCCAUUUUCUCGCAGGCAACGGCACACAGACUGGAGAAGGAGCAAGAGAACGCGUACUUGUUCCAAUACGGACCAAUGGCUGGCCUGUGGGACUACAGAGCGCAGCUGGCAGAGUUCCUGACCGCCCGCUACGGCGAGACUGUCAACAGGCAAGACUUGGUGCUGACGUGUGGGGCCUCACAUGGGCUCAUGCUGAUCAUGAACACUUUCUUGCCGAGCAACGCUGUCAUUUUCGUGGAUGAAGUUACGUACAUGAUUGCUCUAGAGGUCUUUAGACAGUUCCCGGACAUGACGGUGGUGCCAGUUCCAAUGACUGAAGAAGGUGUUGACACACAGGCUCUUGAACGGAUAGCAAGGGAACUACGAAGCAACAAACAGAGGCACCUUAGCGAUGAGAAACUAUUCUGGGCCAUGUACUAUACAAUGCCUGUCUUCCACAAUCCCACUGGCUUGACGUUCUCCACCGGCUGCUGCCAGUCGCUGGUGGAAGCCGCCCGGAGGCUGGACCUGCUGGUGGUGUGCGACGACGUGUACAACCUGCUGUGCUACGGUGACGAGGUCCGCCCGCCCAGGAGACUGCUCGCCUACGACUGGGGCUCGGAGGGCUUCCAGGGGGGUCACGUCGUCUCCAACGGCACCUUCUCCAAGAUCAUGGGGCCCGGGGUGCGCGUGGGCUGGCUCGAGGCGCCCCCGAGACUGGCGUCCGUGCUGUGUGGCUCGGGAAUACUGAAGAGUGGGGGAGCUGUGAACCAGUAUGUUUCCGGUAUAUUUGCAAGCAUUCUAGAACUGGGCUUGGAAGAGCAGCAUCUUAAUUUUCUGGUGAAGACGUAUAAGGAACGCAUGAGCCGGGUGUGCGACGUCCUGGACGAGGGCCUCCCGCCCGGCUGCUCCUUCGUGCGGCCGCGAGGUGGCUACUUCGUCUGGGUCCGACUGCCGGAAGGCGUCGACAGCGCAGACGUGGCCUCGUGGUGCGAGCGGCACCGCAAGGUGGCUGCCAUCCCGGGCCGCAGGUUCUCCGUCGCCGGCGGCUUCCGGAACUACCUGCGGCUGUCGAUAUCCUUCCACGACACCGCGGUCCUGGAACAGGCCACCAACAGGCUGUGCAGCGGGAUCAGAGACUACAUCAGCCACGAGAUAAAACAUUAGGGAAUGCUGCUCUUUGGUGUGGGUUUAUGCAGACUAAUUUUGUACAGCUGCCUAGUGUUUUUUUUAAAAUAUGAUUCCAAGACUUAUUCUCUAGUUCUCAUUUUCAUAUCCACUUACUGAUUUAUUUGUGGUGUUGGUAUUAAAAAAGAAUUAAUUAUAAACGACUCCUGUAAAUAAAGAAUUUUGAUGUGUCAA